UUGCGUUCAGACUUGGACAUCCAACCCGAUGACCUGGCACGAUGGUACCUUGGUACUCUGCCUUGGGCUGUUGAUGGGAUGCUCCUCCUUCGUUCAUGCACAUUCUCGCAUCGAUCUGCCAUUGUUUCGCCGCUCGUUGUCCAACGACGUGAGCUCCGUGAACCUCGUGAACAAGAAGUCUACGCAGUACUUUGCGCCGGUGACAAUGGAUGGCAAGAAGUUCAACGUGUUGGUUGACACGGGAUCGUCGGAUCUGUGGUUUGCCUGUGACGCCAUAUCACCGUCCAAGUGCUCGAACGGCACUUGCCCUGCCACUUCACGAACAAUCCAGUACGGAUCGGGGUCUGUAUGCGUCGAACAAAGCAACGGAAAGUUCGGUCUCGGCUCGUUGGUGGUGCCCAAUGCGAUCUACGGAGUUGGCAUCAAGUCCAAUGUAUUGGUGGAUGGCAACCAAGGCAUCCUCGGCCUGUCGUUUCCGUCCAUCUCUGUGUUCUCCAAGCAGCGAGCAGGGGUGGUGGCCGCCAACUCAACCAAGCAGUACCCAAUCCAAUUCCUCGAUCGUUUCAGCAUGUUCCUCACGUCCUCCGAAGGUGAGGCUGGAUCCACGCUCAUCUUGAACGGCGAGGACAGCCAGCGCAUUGCAAAAGACAAACUCGUGGGGUACAAGAUCCCCCUCAAUGAAACAAGUCACUGGACUAUCCAACUCCGGUCACUCGACGUCGAGAACGACCCCCACCGUAACUUUUCGCAGCCGUGUUCCAUGUCUGGAUCGUGCUUGGCGAUCGUCGACUCCGGCACGACCUUCCUCUCCAUGCCAUCGCUCCUCUUUAAACAGUUUGCAAUCGCCUACCUCAAACCUGGCACCCCGCAAGGCUGCGCCUUCAACAUUCAGCUGCAGUACUACAUUUGCCCCAAGGACACUGCGCUGCCUAAACUUACACUCGGACUGGGCGAAACUGCGUCGUUCGUGCUUAACCCGUGGGACUACUCGUGGGUGCACUCCGAGACGGAAAUCGCCGUGCAGAUCCAGAGGAACCCGGCCAGGGGUAGCCUCGCCGACCGAUGGAUCCUCGGCGACACGUUCCUCAAAGUGUACUACACUACGUACCACGUCACAGACCAAGCCGUGACGUUCUACUGCAAAAAUGGCGGCGUCUGUGCCGGCGGCCCCAACCUCCUAGAUUUUGAUCGAAAGAAGCCGACGUGGGCACUGGGGCUGAUGAUUGGCGGCGGAUGUGUGGUCGGCAUCACUGUCAUUGGCAGUCUCGGGUACCUCAUCCACCGCCGACGACUCGCCCGCCGCCAGCGACCUGAAACGGAACCCACUACGUACGCAGGAGUUGUCGAACGGCCGUUGCCUUGACUCCACGCUUGAGUUUGAAAUAGUACGAAGGUGUAGCGGCGAACACUGGACGGUGGAAUCCCUUUUGAACUCAU